CCCCCCCCCCCCCCCCCGACACCCGGCGCUGGCAGCAGCCAUGUCCACCUUCCGCCAGGAGAGCGUGGAGGAUUUCUAUGAGAUGGGAGAGGAGCUGGGCAGCGGGCAGUUCGCCAUCGUCAGGAAGUGCCGGGAGAGGAAGACGGGGCUGGAAUACGCGGCCAAGUUCAUCAAGCCCCCCCCCCCCCCCCCCCCCCCCCCCCCCCCCCCCUGGCGGCUGUCGUCGAGCCGCCGGGGCGUGAGCCGCGAGGAGAUCGAGCGCGAGGUGAACAUCCUGCGCGAGAUCCAGCACCCCAACAUCAUCACCCUGCACGACAUCUUCGAGAACAAGACGGACGUGGUGCUGAUCCUGGAGCUGGUGUCCGGGGGGGAGCUCUUCGACUUCCUGGCCGAGAAGGAAUCGCUGACCGAGGAGGAGGCGACGCAGUUCCUCAAGCAGAUCCUGGACGGGGUGCACUACCUGCACUCCAAGCACAUCGCCCACUUCGACCUGAAGCCAGAGAACAUCAUGCUGCUGGACAAGAACGUGCCAAACCCUCGCAUCAAACUCAUCGACUUCGGGAUCGCCCACAAGAUCGAGGCUGGGAACGAGUUCAAGAAUAUCUUUGGGACUCCAGAGUUUGUAGCCCCAGAAAUUGUGAACUACGAACCCCUGGGGCUGGAGGCCGACAUGUGGAGCAUCGGGGUCAUCACCUACAUCCUGCUGAGCGGAGCCUCCCCAUUCCUGGGGGAGACAAAGCAGGAGACUCUGACCAACAUCUCUGCUGUCAACUACGAUUUCGAUGAGGAAUAUUUCAGCAACACCAGCGAGCUGGCCAAGGACUUCAUCCGCCGCCUGCUCGUCAAGGACCCCAAGAAGCGAAUGACCAUCGCCCAGAGCCUGGAGCACCCUUGGAUUAAGGUGAUCAAGAGGAGGAACGUCCGCAACGAGGACAGCUGCAAGAAGCCCGAGCGGCGCCGGCUGAAGACCACGCGGCUGAAGGAGUACACCAUCAAAUCCCACUCCAGCAUGCCCCCCAACAACACCUACAUCAACUUCGAGCGCUUCUCCAAGGUCAUGGAGGAGGUGGCUGCUGCCGAGGAGAGCCUGCGGGAGCUGGAGAGGAACAAGAAAUCCUUCCGGGAGGACAUCGAGGCGCUGCUGAGCAUCUACGAGGAGAAGGAGUCGUGGUACAAAGAGGAGAACGAGAGCAUCAGCCAGGACCUGCGGCAGAUCCGGCAGGAGCUGCACAAGACGGAGGCGCUGAAGAGGCAGGCGCAGGAGGAGACCAGGGGCGUGGUGCAGGCGGCCAACGGGCUGCGGAGGCGCUACCGCAAGCUGGAGAACCACUACGAGGCGCUGGCCAAGCAGGUGGCCACGGAGAUGAAGUUCGUGCAGGAGCUGGUGUGGUCCAUCGAGAGGGAGAAGCUGCAGAGCAGCGAGGGCGAGGGCAGCAUCCGCUAACGCUGCUCCCCCCGCUCGGGGGGUCGGGGCUGGGCCAGCCCAGGGCUCGGGUCCCUGCGUGCGGCUCCUGCCUGCCUCGCGUCCCUGCGCUCCCUGUCACCGCUGCCACGCUCCGGGAUGUUUGUCCCCUCCCACCCCGAGCUGCCCCAGCCCCUCGUGGGGGCGUUGGUGGGCAGAGCCCUCCCUGGGACCGAGGGCCGCUCCCGGCGUGGCCUCACACUCCACAGCCCCCUGGGUGCCUCCUGUGCCCCACAUUCCCCCCAGGGGACUGCGCUCCCUGUCCCCCCGUCCCAGCCCUGGCUCCCCCUUUUCCCAGAAUAAAGGUUUGUGUCGUGGGGCGGCUGCCUCAG